ACCGCUCGUGCAGCAGUACCCAAUUAGUGGUGGUCGAGCCCAAAAUAGGUACGUUGGCAUAGGUACGGGAUAGCGGAUAGUUUUCGAGUGCACUUCUCCCGAACCAAACCCCCCCCACGACGGAGGACCGGAAGCGGAUGCUGGCAACCAUGAAGCUGUACCGCUGUGCGUUUGUGGUGACCGUGACACUGAUGGUGUCAGUCCUACACGCUCACUGCUGGAGCUCCGAGGAACGGAUCUUUGCCAACAUGGCCCAUCUGAUGGAACGGGCCAAGCCGCCGGGUGCCAGGUCUAUCGGUUUCUUCCUCAACGGAUACGGCACCCCACAGGAUGACACCGUCCUGCAGGAGCGCGAUGACGAUGACGAUGGAGCGCCGCCGCGUCUGCUGCCAUCCGUGGACUAUGAGUCGGAAGCGGAGAACAUAGUGCAAAGCCAGGAACCCGCCGCACCGUUGGCUAAUGAGGUUAAGCGCAGCUGGAACAAAAUCAACGCGGCGUGGGGCAAGCGGAUGAACGGCCACGGGCGUAGCGCCGGAUGGACCAAACUUGGUGGAUCCUGGGGCAAGCGAGAACCCGGAUGGAACAACCUGAAAGGCUUGUGGGGAAAGCGGGCCGACAAGCUGGCCUCGGCUUGGGGCAAGCGACAGGAAGUAAGCCAAGUUUUCUAAUCAACUAACCCACAAUUUCGCCUCCGUGUUAUGUGUGUACGCAAACUACUACUGCUUCUCAUGAAUGGUAAUCAAUUCUUUCAAGAUGCAACCACACACAAUUAAAAAACUGCACGCUAUUGCAAUACUGCUGUUCGGAAGCGGCACCAUAACGCUUCAGUCUGCGGUACGGCGAGAGAUUGAAUAAAGUCCGCAUUAAUGUCCAUAGUCCAGCAACACGAUAGGAAGAGCAGUUGUCGAUUCUUGAUCUCGUUACCGUUUUUAUGACACUUACUUGUCGCACCAUACAAAGUCUGAAGCCGGCCGCACUUAAAGCUGUCCAAAAAAAAACGAGAGCGCGUUUCAAAGGCGGCCCGCAUGACGAGCGGCGAACGGUUGAUGAUAUUACACUAUAUGCGAACUA